GUCAUUUGGACCUGAGAGCAACUGCAAACUGAAGAAAAUGAAGAUCCAAAUUUUGGUGCUGGCCUUUGCUUUGGUGGCUGUGAUCACUGCAGCACCAGCAGCACCAGCCAAAAAGGCUGCUGCAGUAGACCCAGAUGAAAAGGCUCUGGACGAUGCUAUUGCCAAGAACGGCCCUGCAAUAGACAAGGCGCUCAAAGACGUCACUGUCGACGAUGCAAUGUCCGACUCUGACAUUCAGGACCUGGCUGUGAGCAACAUGAACGACGCUGAUGCAGAUGAGGUGGCAAGCAACAUGACCUCCGCUGACACAGAUGACGCGUUGAGCAGCUUGGACGAAGAUGAUGUGGCCAGCAUGAUGACCUCCGCUGACGCAGAUGAGGUGGCAAGCAACAUGACCUCUGCUGACGCAGAUGAUCUGGCGGCGGCCAGUGACUCUGACGAUGAUGCAGACUCAGACGAAGACGCUGAUGUAGCUGCAGCAGCAGACAGCGACACUGACGAUGAUGAUGACGCAGACUCCGACGACGAUGCUGACGUAGCUGAAGCAGCAGACAGCGACUCUGACGAUGACUCAGACUCCGACGACGAUGCUGACGUAGCUGAAGCAUCAGACAGCGACUCUGACGAUGACGCAGACUCCGACGACGAUGCUGACGUAGCUGCAGCAGCAGACAGCGACUCCGACGAUGACGCAGACUCCGACGACGAUGCUGACGUAGCUGCAGCAGCAGACAGCGACUCUGACGAUGACGCAGACUCCGACGACGAUGCUCAAUAAGCUAAGACGCGAGAAUCCCUCAAAAAUCGUUAAAAAAAAUGUAUAUUUUGUACGAUAUAUAUACAUGUGUACAUGUUCUAUCUAUGCAGCUCUCCUGCACCUGAUCUACAGUGAAACAGGUAUCACUUGACCCCCAGGCUAUGUACACUAAAGCCCUCUGAAGUAUUGUCUUACAAUAAUGGGACCACAUUUUGUUGCACUGUGUGUGUUAAACCAGUUGUCCUUCGGGGACAGAUAAAGU